AGGGGCCGGGGAGGCGGCGGCGGCCCCGGGAGCGGCGGCCCCGGGAGCGGCGGCGGCGGCGCCCCCGCCAUGAAGCGGGACGUGCGCAUCCUCCUGCUGGGGGAGGCCCAGGUGGGGAAGACAUCUCUGAUUAUGGCUCUGGUGGGCGAGGAGUUCCCUGAAGAGGUCCCUGCUCGAGCAGAGGAGAUCACAAUCCCAGCUGAUGUCACCCCAGAGAAGGUCCCCACGCACAUUGUGGACUACUCAGAGUCAGAACAGACAGAGGAUGAGCUGCAGGAGGAGAUCUCCAAGGCCAAUGUAGUGUGUGUGGUGUACGAUGUCACCAAGGAGGCCACCAUUGAGAAGAUCUGCACUAAGUGGAUCCCCAUGGUCAACGGAGGAGCUGCCAAGCGCUCCAGGAUCCCCAUUAUUUUAGUGGGGAACAAGUCUGACCUGCAGGUGGGGAGCUCCAUGGAUGUCAUCCUGCCCAUCAUGAAUCAGUUCACAGAGAUUGAGACCUGUGUGGAGUGCUCUGCCAAGAACCUGAAGAACAUCUCUGAGCUGUUCUACUACGCACAGAAGGCUGUGCUGCACCCUACAGGGCCCCUCUACAACCCCGAGGAGAAGCAGCUGAAGCCUGCCUGUGCCCGGGCGCUGACGCGGAUCUUCACCCUCUCAGACCAGGACAACAACCAGAUCCUCAGCGAUGAGGAGCUCAACUACUUCCAGAAAUCCUGCUUUGGCAACCCGCUGGCUCCCCAGGCCCUGGAGGAUGUGAAGAUGGUUGUGUGGAAGAACACCACCGAUGGGGUGCAGGACAGCGGCCUGACGCUCAACGGCUUCCUCUUCCUCAACACUCUCUUCAUCCAGCGGGGUCGGCACGAGACCACCUGGACCAUCCUGCGCCACUUUGGCUACGACGAUGAGCUGGAGCUGACAGACGAUUACCUGCACCCACAGUUCCGCCUGCCCCCUGGCUGCUCCACGGAGCUCAACCACCUGGGCUACCAGUUCCUGCAGCGCAUGUUUGAGAAGCACGACAAGGACCAGGACGGAGCCUUGUCCCCGGCCGAGCUGCAGAGCUUCUUCAGCGUCUUCCCCUGCGUGCCCUGGGGCCCCGAGCUCUCCCACACGGUAUGCACCACGGCCGCAGGGCUGCUUCCCCUGCAUGGAUUCCUCUGCCAGUGGACGCUGCUGGCGUACCUGGACGCACGGCGCUGCCUGGAGUGCUUGGGCUACCUGGGCUACCCCUUCCUGUCUGAGCAGGACUCCCAGGCGCAGGCCCUGACAGUCACCCGGGAGAAGAGGAUCGACCUGCAGAAAGGGCAGACCCAGCGCAGCGUCUUCCUCUGCAAGGUGGUGGGUGCCCGCGGCACGGGCAAGACCUGCUUCCUGCAGGCCUUCCUGGGCAGGAGCCUGACGGUGCAGAAGGAGACCCCAGGGCAGCCAUCCCCAUACGUGAUCAACACGGUGCAGGUCAACGGGCAGGAGAAGUACCUCAUACUGUCUGAGGUCAGUGCUGACACCACCUUCGCGAAGCCCUCGGACACAGCCUGCGACGUCGUCUGCUUCCUCUACGACCUGACCGACCCCAGGUCCUUCAGCUACUGUGCCACUGUUUAUAAGCAGCACUACAUGGACAGCCAAAUCCCCUGCGUCUUCGUGGCCUCCAAGGCAGACCUGCCAGAAGCCAGCCAGCAGCCCACGCCCUCCCCGGCUGAGUUCUGCUACAAGCACUGCCUCCCACCACCCUUCUCCUUCUCCUGCUACGGCCAGGGCCCACCCAGCACCACCAUCUACACCAAACUGGCCACAGCUGCCACCUUCCCCCACUUGAACACCGUGGAGCUGGGAGCUGCCUCCUUCUGGCUCCGGGUGGCUCUGGGCACAGCUGUGGCAGCUCUGGUAGGCUUCACCCUCUAUCGUGUGCUAGCCAAGAACAAGUGAGGGUCACUCUGCCACCCUGUCCUCCAUGGCACACCAGCCUCCCUGGCCCCACUGAGGAGACAUCCUGCCUUCAGCUGCUGUGCUGGGGAAAUCCUCCUCCUCCUUCUCCUCCUCCUCCCAGCUUGGAUUGCAGGACCAGUGGAACCAGACUGCCCAGCACCAGCAGGACACAGCCGCAGCCUGGCUCCGGGGCUCCCCCUGCAGCAGCAGUCGGAGGCCCAAGCCUCAUCUUUUACUCUGUUCAAUUUUUGUAACGGUGGUUUUUAAGCUCCCCCACGAGUGGUUGGGUGUUUGUGGGGCUGGCACUGCCUUCCCCAGGGAGCUGCACUGCUGCCCUCAUUCGUGGCAGGAGUGGUGUGGGGAGGGGUGAGCACCACUGCCAGAGCCUCCUGGGGCCUUCCAGCAGCUGGCAGAGCUCUCAGACUGGGUCCCAGCACUCCCCCCGGGCACCCUCCAUGCCCUGUGCCAGCUCUGGGGAAGGCUUAUCCCUCCUGUCCCCUCAUACUGUGACACUGGCUGUGGCUUCCAGCCCCAGGCUGUGAGGGGAGGGGGCGAUGCCCAGCUCCAGGUGGUGAGGGAAGUGGACAAUGCCCAGCACUUGUUCCAGGUUCCUCUCUUCUGUGCAACAGAAAGCCCUGGAGCCCUGCAGUGUGCCAGGCUCUCUGCUCAUUUGCCCCUUGCCCUGGCCACCAGUGUUCCCAAAGAGCCCCAAUGUGCUGUGGGGGCAGAGGGUGCCUGCAGCACUCCGGAGGGCAGGUUGCAGCCCUUUCCUGGCAGGGCCAUUGCUGCCGUGGUGCCACGCUCCACACGAUGCCCCUGUCCUGCUCUCCCCUCCACAGGGCCCUGUCCCAGCGUGUGAGGCUCUGGGCGUUGGCAUCUCCUGGUAUAACUGGCAGAACUGGAAGUUCUUUCCUGCCACGGUGGCAGGCAGCUGCUGGGCAGCUCUUGUGACCUCAUGCAGGGCACAGUCCCCUUGCUUUGCCCCUGUCUGCCAGUCCCAAAGCUGCUGAGCUCCUGGAGCCCACCCAGGGUGGGUGUCUUUGCAGGCAGCUGGUGGGUGGCACCGAGGGCACCACAGGGGCUGCUUGUUCAGUGUUUUUUGGUCUCUGAGUUUUCUCUGGGGGCCUGGAGCCACCGCAGGGCCUGAGAAGCUGCUGGGCCUGGCCAGUGUCUGGUGGGCACAGUCCCAGGGUUCUGACCCCACCCCAGCGCUCCCUGGAGCUGCCCACAGGAUGGGUCCCUGCCCGUGCCAGAGCUUGAAUGGGCACCCACUGGUGUCACUCUUGCUGCUGGCCCGUGGUUGAUGGCACUGCCUGGGCCAUGCCCCUGGCAUGUCCAUGCCUCUUCUCUGUGCCCGAGCCCACGUUGCAGGGCUCUUCAUCUGGCCUGUGCCCAGUGCUCUGUGCCCACUCCAGGCCUGGCAAAGCCAUAACCUUUUAGGAUGUUUGUUCUCUACAUUCCAAUAAAUUUUUACAACCUUC